AUGGGUUCCGUUGUUCUACCUCAUUUGCGUAGUGGCUGGCAUGUCGAUCAGGCGAUCCUGUCGGAGGAAGAACGUCUGGUCGUGAUUCGCUUCGGCCGCGACAGCAACCCGGACUGCAUGAGGCAAGAUGAGAUUUUGUACAGAAUAGCUGAUCGUGUCAAGAACUUUGCCGUCAUCUAUUUGUGCGACAAUGAAGAAGUAAAGGACUUCAACACCAUGUACGAGCUCUACGACCCGAUGACCAUCAUGUUCUUUUUCCGCAACAAGCACAUGAUGUGCGAUUUCGGCACAGGAAACAACAACAAACUGAACUGGGUCUUGGAGGACAAGCAGGAGCUUAUAGAUAUCAUCGAGACGAUUUACAAAGGCGCGAAGAAAGGCCGUGGUUUGGUAGUCAGUCCGAAAGACUACUCAACUCGAUAUAGAUAUUAA